CACAAUCAAUUUUUCAUAAAAAUCCUGAUAAUGAAUCAACAAUAAAGACAAUUACUGAUCAUAUCGACUGUGAAUCUUCUAAAGUUGCAAACAAUUCGUCUAAUAAUAUUAAACAAGACGAAAUUAUUAACUGUAAAGAUCAUCAAUUACAAAUAGAAGACAAUGAAGACGAACAUCAUUUCGAUACAUUUAUUUUACAACAUUUUGUUCCAUUAUCUGGUAAACAAUCAGUUAAUCAAUGGUUAGAUGAAACUGAAAGUAAAUUUAACCACUUCAAAAUUUCUCGACAUUUACGUUUCGAAUCAAUCUCACUUCUCGUUGAAGGGGAUGCUAAACGUUUUUAUAUUAAAAAUCGUAACGAAAUUCGUUCUUAUGACGAUUUUUACGAAUUUUUAUUAUUACAUUUCGAUAAAACUAGUCCCAAUUCUUCUCAAGAACAAUCUCAUUCAACAUGUAUUAUUAAUACUUCCAAUCAACAAACAUCAAAUCACGCUGAACAAACUAUCGAUUCUACAGAAAAAUCAACAGAUAGUUAUGAUACCACAACAUUUACUCGUCCAUCAUCUACACAUCCUCCCACUACUGUUGUUGAUGUUGGUACCACCAAUAUUACUGGUGAGAUACUAGACCAUAAAUCAACAACCAUUAUUACAGAUACUCCCACAAUUCUGUUUGAUCAAACUACGAAUGAUCUUCGAAAAGCAAUUCUAGAGGAUUUCAUUAAACAUCCUAAAAUAUUUAAAGGUGGUAAAGAUAAUGUAAAUAAAUGGAUCGAGGAUAUCGAACACAUGUUAGAUAUCGCACAUGUUCGCGAUCCUAGUCGAUUAGAUUUAAUCUCCUAUUCUUUACGUGGUGAUGCUCUUCAAUGGUACAAAAAUAAUAAAACUUUAUUUACUUCGUGGUCAACUUUUAUAUAUGAAAUUAAACGAACAUUCACUUCCUCGUUUCAUGAAGAAUUAGCAUUCAAAAAAUUAGAAUCCUAUACACAAGGGGAAAACCAAUCAAUUCGAAAUUUCUUCAAUGAAGUGUUAAAGUUAUGUAAAGAAGCUGAUCCUACUAUGAGCGAAACAACCAAGUUAAAAAAUCUUCUCAAUAAAACCAAAUCAACAAUCCAAUUCGAAGUUCGAAAGAAAAAGCCUACUACUACUGGUGAAUUUCUUGAAUACGCUAAAGAUGUAGAAGAAUUAUUUCAAUUAUCAAACAUUAACAUCGAU